AUGCAGCAGCUUCUAAUGCGCGUUCAGCAGCAACAGGCUGCGACGCCUAGCUCGGGGCAUACUGCUUCGGCAGGAGGAAACAACAGCGAGUUUACGGAGCGAGCGGCGUCGCUGAUGGGCCAGCUGCCUCCACUUUUCGACGUAGAAGAGGUGAUCUCUUCGAGAGUGAAUCCUUACGAGGAUGCAAUGGAUGCGGCGCUUCUCCAAGAACUGGCGCGUUACAAUGCGCUUAUCACCGUUAUGCGGAAGAGCCUCCAAAUUGUCCAGGAUGCAGCUGACGGAGUAAUAGAAUGCACGCCGGAAGUUGAAGAGAUGUACCAAUGCCUGAGGCAAAACCGGGUGCCACAGGCAGUAGCAGCAGCGAGCUACCCUAUGUCAUUUGGACUGGCUGCUUGGAUGGCCAAUCUAAGGCGCCGUGUGGAUUUCAUGGCUUUGUGGCUGCGGGGAAAACCUCCACAUCCGUUCUGGCUGCCUGGCUGUUUCAGCCCUCGCAGCGUCUGCAAAGCGAUGCUACAACAGUACGCGAGGCGCCAAAGCCUGAAAAUUGAUUCGGUAGGCUUUACGUUCUACGUUCUUGAAAAUGAAGAAGGAACUGCUUCCGCGGACGCGUCUGCGAGCGACCAGGAAAAUGGAAGCGGAUCAACGCGAGGUUUUGCACAUGACGUAUCAGGUCUUUUCUUGCAUGGGGCCAGCUGGUCUGCAGAAGAAAAGGUAAGAAUUUUCCUUGAGAAUCAAGCUUACCAUGAACGGUCGGUACUCCAAAUAUUUAAAAAGCAUCUUUUAUCUGUCACUUUGGAGCCCCAAGUGGAGCAUUUCCAUGGUGACGUCAUUCGAGCUAAUGUGCCUGUAAUGGACUUUUCGCUUGGUACUUAUUGA